AUGGCGGCAAGCAACCAGGGAGAGUACCGGCUUGGUGUCGACGUCGGCGGCACCUUUACAGAUGUCUGCGUCAUCACACCCGCCGGCGAGACGGUCCGGGCCAAGACGCCCUCGACGCCUCAGGACCAGAGCAUCGGUGUCAAGAACGGCAUAGAAAAAGUCCGCAAGCUCCUCAAGGACAAGUACAGCUGGGACGGCGAGUUCUCCUUCAUCCACCACGGAACCACUGUUGCGACAAAUGCCAUCCUCGAGAACAAGGGCGUUAAGGCGGGACUUAUCGUCACUGCCGGCUUCAAGGAAGUCCUCACCAACAAGCGAAGCCAGAUCCCUGGCGGUCUCGGUGGCUGGAUCAGCUACAUCCCUCCCGAGCCCGUCGUGCCGCUGGAGCGGACAGUCCAGUGUCCCGGCCGCAUCAACCCGGACGGCAAGGUCGUCAUCCCUCUGGACGAGGCUGCCCUGCGCAAGAACCUCGAGGACCUCAAGCGCCAGGGUGUCGAGGCCAUCACCAUCAGCCUGCUCAACUCGUACGCCAACGACGAGCACGAACGCGCCGUCGAGAAGAUUGUCCGCGAGGAGUUUGGCGACAAGAUCGAGGUCGUUUGCUCGGCUGACGUCCUGCCCGAGGCCGGCGAGUACGAGCGGACCGUCACCGCCGCCACGAAUGCCGUCGUCAAGCCCAUCGUCAAGCGCUACAUGGACGGCCUCUCCAAGCUCCUGCUGCCCGACUCCAAGACGAUCCGCAUCCUCAAGAGCGAUGGCGCCCUGACCAGUCUCAAGCUCGCCGGUGAGCUGCCGGUCAACUUGCUCAUGUCUGGCCCGGCUGGUGGUGUGCAGGGUGUUGUGGACGUCAUCUCGAAACAGACGCCCUAUAAGAACCUCAUCACGCUCGAUAUGGGCGGCACUUCCACGGACGUCGCUCUCAUCUCCGAGGGCAAGGCUGCUCUGCGGAGAGAGACGGUCGUGGACCAGCUCACUGUCCGAGCGCCCUCUGUCGAUGUCCGGACUGUCGGUGCCGGUGGUGGCUCCAUUGCGCAGUACGUCGAUCUCACUGCCAGCAUGCGUGUUGGUCCCGAAAGUGCGGGCGCCCGUCCGGGCCCAGCAUGUUACCAGAAGGGCGGUGACAAGCCCACCGUCACCGACGCCAACUUGACGCUCGGCUACCUUCCCGAGAAGCUGCUCGGAGGCGACUUCCAGCUGGACGUCUCCGCGGCUGUCACGGCUUGCAAGAGCGUUGCCGACCAGAUGGGCAUCAGCACCGAGCAGACCGCCGAGGGCAUCAUCAACCUGGUCAACGAGACCAUGUACGGUGCCCUGAGACAGGUCUCUGUCGAGCAGGGCUACGACCCUCGCGACUUUGCCCUGGUGGCCUUUGGUGGUGCCGGUCCUCUGCACGCCAACGCGGUGGGCAAGCUUCUCGGUGCCUGGCCCGUCAUUAUCCCCCAAGCCCCCGGUGUGCUCUGCGCCGAGGGUGACGCCACGACCAAGCUCAGUCACUCUCAGUCCAUCACGUACAUCAAGCCGCUGAGUCAGACCUCCUUUGAGGAUCUCAAGCAGGUCCUCGGCAGCCUGGAGGAGCAGUGCACGGAGAAGAUGCUGCAGGCUCUGGAGACGAGCAGUAGCAAGGCCGUUAACGUCGAGUACGAGGUCGACCUGCGGUACAAGGGCCAGGCGCUCGACAUCACCCUCACCUUCAGCCCGGAGGAGCUCAACCAGGGCAAGGAGGAGCUCACCAAGAUCCUCUCGUCCCAGUUCAACAAGCUGCACGAGACCCAGUUCGGCUUCUCCCUGGACGACCUCGAGUACGAGCUUGUCAGACUCGGCGUGACUGCCACCGACGCCUCGUCGCCCAUUGUCUUUGCCGAGAUGACGACCGAGUCGGAUGGCAAGGUCGUCGCCGCGCCCGAGUCCGCCGUCGUCAACACCAAGACCAUCAUUGUCGACGGCCAGAAGGUCGAAGCCAAGUUCUACGACAGAGCCAAGCUCGACAAGGCCGGCUACCGCAUCGACGGACCUGCCGUCAUCUCCGAGAUGGACUCCAACACGCUUAUCCUGCCCGGCUUCUAUGGUGAGAUCGACUCGAUUGGCAACAUCCUCAUCAACCCUGUCGACGAGAGCAGCGUCAAGCAGUCCAAGACCUUCACGCCCGAGGAGGCCAAGGCCGAGGUUGCCAAGUCGCCCCUGGUCCCGACUCUGGUCGGCUCUGCCCUGCAGGCCGUCCGCAUUGAGAUGGACACGCUCGUGCUGCGCUGCUCCAUGUCUCCCGGUAUCCGUGAGCAGCAGGACGAGUUCAACGUCGUCACCAAUUCAAAGGGCCAGAUGCUCGUGGGCCAGUUUGGCAGUUUCAUCGAGCAGUUCCUCGAGGGCUGGGCGACCACGGGCGGCACGAUCGACGAGGGCGACAUCUUCAUCACCAACGACCCUUACCAGACGACCGGUGCCAUCAGCCACUUGAACGAUGUCAUCGUCAUCCUCCCCAUCUACCACAGCCACAAGCUCGUUGGCUGGGCGGCCAACUUUGGUCACCUGUCCGACGUCGGCGGCAAGGUGCCCGGCAGUAUGUCCAUCUCGUCGUCGAGCAUCUUUGAGGACGGUGUGCAGAUCCCCCCCGUCAAGCUGUACAAGCAGGGCGUCUACAACAAGGACGUGAUUGAGCUGCUGUGCCGCAACUCCCGCAUGCCCGACUGGUACCGCAGUGACAUUGCCGCGCUGGUCAGUUCCUGCAAGACUGCGGGUGCUCGUGUCUGCGAGCUGAUUGAUCGAUUCGGAUAUGAGUUGUAUGACGCUUCCUGCAACGAGCUGCUCCGACGCAACCAGCUUGCCGUCUCCAAGCUCAUCGAUACCCAGUUCGGUGACGAGACUGCCGUGUUUACCGACUUUGUCGACGAUGACGGCGCUGGCAACGGUCCUUACGCCGUCAAGUGCAAGAUGAGCAAGGUCGAUGGCAAGUUGCGGUUCGAUUUUGACGGGACGAGUGCCCAGAGCAACACGGCCUUGAACUACUACCUUGCGCCGACCCUGUUCAAGAUGUUUGUUGGAUACUACCUUUUGGCCGUCUUCGACCCCCACUGCGUCGUCAACGAAGGUCUCUAUGACUUCAUCGAGGUCCUCAUCCCUGACGGCUCCAUCCUCAAGCCCACUCGACCUGCGGCUCUGUCCUGCAGAACCCACAUGCUCGGCCGUGUCAUGGACAUUAUCCAGGCCCUCAUGGGCCAGCACAACCAGGCGUAUCGGGCGGCUGCGGGCUUCUCCGACUCGCCACACUUCUUCUUCUCGGGCUACACGCCCGAGGGCGAGUGGUUCCAGCUGUACCAGAUUGCGUUUGGCGGUGUCCCUGCGCGCCCGAUCGGCGACGGCCCGGACAUGCACUGCCUGUUCCCCGCCAUCAAGUCGGUGCCGACGGAGCACACGGAGCUCAACUUCCCGCUGCUCAUCGAGGCCAACGAGUCGCUCGCCGACACGGGCGGCGCGGGCUUCUACCGGGGCGGCAACGCCCAGCGCACGCGGUUCCGGUUCCUCAACCGGGGCGAGUUCUCGCUGCACGACGACCGCUGGUUCACGCACCCGUGGGGCAUCGACGGCGGCGACCCGGGCGCCCGCUCCAAGAAGAUCCUGCUCCGCUACUCCAAGGACGCCGAGAACCCGCCCACCGAGUACCUGCCCAGCAAGUGCGACUACAUCCGCGUCGAGGUCGGCGACGUCCUCGAGUACAUCACCUGGGGCGGCGGCGGCCUGGGCGACGCGCUCACCCGGCCCGCGGACCUCGUCGCGCUCGAGGUCCACCGCAAGCUCGUGUCGGUCGAGGGCGCGGCCAAGAACUACGGCGUGGUCGUCGACCCGGCCACCUUCGCGGUCAAGACGGCCGAGACCGAGUCGCUGCGCGCCAAGAUCAAGGCGGAGCGCGAGGCGGCCGCCGCUGCCGCCGAGAGCCAGCCCGGCUUCAAGAAGAGCAUCUACAACCGCGGCGGCACGCUCGAGGAGCUCCGCCAGCGGUCCCUCGAGGAGACGGGCCUCCCGGCUCCCAUCCCGCAGUGGAACGAGGACCCGUACGGCUCGCACGCCGCCAUCCCGUAUGUCAAGGAGUGGUUCAAGACUCGGCGGGCCGAGGGCGACUGGUUGCUUGAGUAA